CAACGGGCCGGUGAGGGGCAGCCGCCGCCGUGUCCGCCGGCCUCCGGGCAGCCGCCGCAGGGGUCGCGGCUCGCUCGCUCGCGCCGUCGCCGGUUCCAUUCCGACCUCCCGCCGGGAGCCGGCUGAGGCGACGGCGACGACGGGAAGACGCGCUCCGGGGCCCGCAGCGGCGCGGCCGACGGCGGUGACAGCGCAGCCGACCCGUCGCCCUCCGUCACCCCAGCCUCGGACGCCGGCCGCCACCAUGAACCGGGGCGGCGGCAGCCCGUCGGCCGCCGCCAACUACCUGCUCUGUACCAACUGCCGGAAAGUGCUGCGGAAGGAUAAAAGAAUCAGAGUAUCUCAACCUUUGACAAGAGGACCAAGUGCCUUUAUUCCAGAAAAGGAAGUUGUCCAAGCAAACACAGUGGAUGAGCGUACUAACUUUCUUGUGGAAGAAUACUCCACAUCUGGUCGUCUGGACAACAUCACACAGGUCAUGAGUUUACACACUCAGUACCUGGAGUCUUUCUUGCGAAGCCAGUUUUACAUGUUGCGCAUGGAUGGCCCUCUUCCUCUACCAUAUAGGCACUACAUCGCAAUAAUGGCUGCAGCCAGACAUCAGUGUUCUUACUUAAUAAAUAUGCAUGUGGAUGAAUUCUUAAAGACUGGAGGUAUUGCUGAAUGGUUGAAUGGUUUGGAAUAUGUACCACAAAGACUGAGAAAUCUUAAUGAAAUAAAUAAGCUGCUAGCACACCGACCCUGGCUGAUCACAAAAGAGCAUAUUCAGAAACUUGUCAAAACUGGAGAAAAUAAUUGGUCUUUGCCUGAACUGGUCCAUGCUGUAGUCCUACUGGCACAUUAUCAUGCUUUGGCAAGCUUUGUUUUCGGCAGCGGCAUCAAUCCAGAGAGAGAUCCAGAAAUCUCCAAUGGAUUCAGGCUAAUAUCGGUCAACAAUUUCUGUGUCUGUGAUCUUGCUAAUGACAAUAAUAUAGAAAAUGCAUCCCUUUCAGGCAACAACUUCGGGAUUGUGGAUUCCUUAAGUGAACUAGAGGCUUUAAUGGAAAGGAUGAAAAGGCUUCAAGAAGAAAGGGAAGACGAAGAGGCAUCUCAGGAAGAAAUGACCACUCGUUUUGAGAAGGAGAAGAAAGAAAGUCUUUUUGUGGUUUCUGGAGAUACUUUUCAUUCAUUUCCUCAUUCAGAUUUUGAAGAUGACAUGAUCAUAACAUCUGAUGUCUCUCGAUAUAUUGAAGACCCUGGUUUUGGAUAUGAAGAUUUUGCUAGACGAGGAGAAGAGCAUUUGCCCACCUUCCGAGCUCAGGAUUAUACUUGGGAAAAUCAUGGGUUCUCCCUCGUGAAUAGACUUUAUUCUGAUAUCGGACAUCUUCUUGAUGAGAAGUUUCGGAUGGUCUACAGUCUCACCUAUAACACUAUGGCUACCCACGAGGGUGUAGACACAACCAUGCUGCGCCGAGCUUUGUUCAAUUAUGUUCACUGUAUGUUUGGAAUCAGGUAUGAUGACUAUGAUUAUGGAGAAGUUAACCAGUUACUUGAAAGGAGCUUGAAGGUUUACAUUAAGACAGUGACUUGCUAUCCCGAGAGAACCACAAAACGCAUGUAUGACAGUUACUGGAGGCAGUUCAAGCACUCAGAAAAGGUCCAUGUAAACCUACUUCUAAUGGAAGCACGGAUGCAAGCUGAACUACUUUAUGCUCUUCGUGCCAUAACUCGGCAUUUAACCUGAUGCACCAGCCAGGAAAAUGUCAGAUAUGUGUAAAGACCUUUUCAAAUAAGAUAUACAACAGAAACUGUUUUGUGAUAUAGCAGCAAAAAUUAUUCAAUUCUCUAGUGUCAAAGUUUAGUCAUUUUUGUUUUGUUCUUUUUUGCGGCUGUAAUGUGCAAUGGUGUGUUUCGUUUUUCUUGAUGCUUAACAUUACUAACAAUUGCAAAAAUAAUUCUGAGGAGCACUACUUUGCAUUGUUUAUAGUUGGAUUUUUGGAUACUGAACAUCAAUCAUGAAUCUGGUUUGUUAAUGCUUAACUUCAGUGCUUUUGGGUUUAUGUGUUUGUGUGUGUUAAUGAAAUAUUUGCUUUGCAUUCAUAUCUUCUUUAAAGAGAAAAAUAAAAAAUUUCUCCUUCCUCUUUCUUGUCACUCUUUUCAAUCUGAAAUAAGACAAACAUGGAAAGCAAGCCACUUUGGCAGUCUUCUCAAUGCUAAAAGACUAGGUACAUCCAUGUGCACAGUGUAAUCAAGAUAAAAAGAACCCUGUCAGGUCCACUUGGAACAUGGCCUUGCUACUUACAUUAGCUCCUUCCACGUGAAAACAACUUUCUUGGUCAUGGAAGAACUGGAUGUAUCUUUAACUUAUGAAAUAGGAUUUGAACUUGAAAACUUUUUUUAAUCCUGAUUUUGCAGGGCAGCUACAAGAUGAAUGUAUAUAUAUUAAGACUUUGUAGCUGAAUUGCACACGAAAUCAGAUUGCCAACUUCUUGAACUUCACUUUUAGACAUCAUUUUACCCUUAAGUUGUGAGUGAUAUAUGUAGCAUGCUGUGAAAUGUCUAUUAUAGUUCUUUAAUUCAUCAGUAUUAAUACAGAAUUAUCUUUUGCGUUUCUUGGUACUUUUUAUUCAAUGUAAUCAGAAGCUGUGAUGUUUUGCCUUUGUAGUCCUGUGCUUUGUUACUGUAACUGUUUUUGUUUUUUACGAAGCACGUGACAUUGGACUAAUGUAAGGCAGAUGACGUGAUCUUUAAGACUGCUAUAUAUAUCAGUCUCUUACUAUAAGAUUUUAAAUUAGAAUAAGCUUUUAUCAAAUAGAUCAUUGAUGCAAUCUAGGAUUCACACCAGUUUCAGUGUCAAAAGACGGUCUUAUAUUUAUAGUUUCAGUUCUGAAAAUAGGAAACUUAAUAAACAGCCACUUUAAACUUGUUCUGGCAGAGCGGACCCUGCUGUAGCUGUAGUCUAAAGUAGUUAACCAUAUAAGCCUAUUCAAUUCUUGAUGCCCUCCACAUGAGUCAGCAGUAAAGGAGCUUAUAGAACCCAUGAAAGCUUUUUUUUAAAUGUAUAACUAGGUUUUAUUUUUCUUAUGUUGCUGAUUUUAUAGUUCUGACUAAAGCUGACCUGACUGGAUCAGUUUAUGUGUAAUAUUCUAGUGCUUCAAUGUCUUUUUUGGAGGGAUGGGUAAUAUUAUUUGAACAGAUGCGGAAGGAACUGUUAGUGAGUCAAAACAAACACAUCUGAAAUAAAGGAACUGUGUGUAUUAACAUGUUAACAACAAUUCAUAACUGCACUUUUUAUGACAUUUUGAAAAUCUAUUUAUAGGUACAAAACAAUGGGUUUUGUUAAACUGUAUCACAUUUAUACUUGCAGAAAUUUAUUUCAUUGUUCUUAGUAGGAAUUUUAUUGGUUCAAUAAAAUUGGCAAAACUGAACCCAA